AUGGAAAACAAUUAUUUUUUUACCAACGAAGAAGGGAGUGAUCCACAAGUUCCUCCACCUGAAUAUGAAACUUAUCAAGAAAAUACGCAAGGUGUUACUGGCAUGGGCCAUCCACCUAGCUCACAGUAUAUGCAAGCCCACCCUGAAAUUACACCUGACUAUGAAGAUUUUAUUCAACAAGAUGACGGGCAGUUUCCAUCUCAGUCGACAAAAACUAAGAACCAGGUCCCCCAGUACCAUAACAGCAGUACACAGCCUAAUGCUUACUACGCAAUGAAUUCUGGACAGCCAUUGAUACCACCACCAAAUCCAUAUGAUAUUCCUGGCUACCUAAACCAAGUAUCUCCCCAUCAAGCCACCAGUCCUGUAAGCAUGAAUCGGCCCACUUCCCCACAGGCCAUGUACUAUGCUGCUCAUGCGGGGCAAGUUAACUACCCCAUGCACCACUUCCAAAAACCUUCACUAGCUAGGGCUGAAAGCUGCAUGCCUACAAGUACUAUAUCUAGUGCUUGGAACUGCACCCCUUCAAAUACCAUAUCUAGUGCUUGGAAUGGCACCCCUGCAAGUACCAUAUCUUGGGUUGGAAACUGCACCCCUACAAGUACUUUAUCUAGGGCUUUUAACUGCACCCCUUCAAAUACCAUAUCUAGUGCUUGGAAUGGCACACCUACAAGUACCAUAUCUAGUGCUUGUUGCUACACCACUACAAGUACCAAAUCUAGGGCUGGAAGUUUCGCCACCAGAAGUACCAUAUCUAGGGAUGGAAGCUUCACCACCAGAAGUGCCAUAUCUAGUGCUUGGAAUGGCACCUCUACAAGUACCAUAUCUAGGGCUGGAAGCUUCGCCCCUACAAGUACAAUAUCUAUGGCUUUGGAACGUACCCCAACAAGUACCAUAUCCAGCGCAUUAAGCCGCACUCCUACAAAUACCAUAUCUGUGACUGGAAACUGCACCAUUACAAGAACCAUACCACAGGCCUCCACUGGAAAAGUAGUCUCAAAUGUUGAGGUGAGUAUUUACUAAUUCAAACUCAUGCACUGUUUUACUCUGUGGUACCUUUAUUUAACUACAUGUUUGGACUACUUUGCAAAGUUAUUUAUUUUUUAGCUAGUAACAAAUACUUUUUAAAUUUCUCAUGAAAUUGGAAACCUAAAUGUUGGAGAUAGUUUAUUGUUUUAUUCAGAAAAUGAAUACUAGUUCACAUUCCUUGUAAAUCUCAAAUUGCCAUGUAUAAAUGACUAUUGAAUGAAAAGUUCAAUUUUUUUUUUAAAAGUACAUUAAGGUAGAAAGUGGUGAAUAUGCAAAUAUUUGUUAUGCUUGGUUUAAUGUCUAAUUUUUAAUAUUAUUUAUAGUUAACAUAACAUUGUGGUGGAGUGACAACUGAAAAAUGAAGGCCAACAUUUUUAAAAGUUGAAACAAUUUUUCAAAUAUUCUUAUUUAGAGAAUUUCUAAAGCUUGCCACUUUCAUUCAAUUUUUUUCACACAACUUGUCGAUUUAGUUCGACUCACUAUUUACUUAAUAAAUGUGUAUUUUUUUUCUAUAUAGUAUAUAGUUGUUGCACGUGUAGAACAAAUGGGGUUAUGGCUGCCCAACAGCAUUUCCUUGUGAAGCCUGAAUAUAGAAACAAUGUCCUAUUUUAUAGUCUACUGAUACUUUAACCUAUUUUCUGUCAAAAUGAACUCAAAUCCGAGAUAAGGUUUACUUUAUCUAUUAAUAAAUAAUGGAAAGUUGUAGUUCAAAGAAGCCUCCUGUAUAAUGUCAAUGGCAACAUUGGCUCCAAACAGAAGACUGUGACUACUGCAAUCUAGGUGUACAUGCAUCUAUGCUGGCCCUAAUUUCCUAUCCUGUAAUUGGAGCUUCUGUAUGGUUGAUAUAUAAUUGCACUCAAAACACUAGUAAAUAACACAUUCAUAUAACAAACUAUGACUGUGGUUGAUGUUUUUCUGGAGAUCUGGACCUUUGUAGCUCUUGUGCUCUAAACAUUUCCAAAAUAAUUAAAAAUGUUUUGUUUAACCCAAAGUUGAAAACUUGUUCCUUACAUUCACAGGAUGCAUCAAGCAUGAGUGAGCUGAAAGAAUUUGCCCAAAAUGUUAAAAAGCGGAGGUAUUUGUUGGGGUUUACCCAGGAAAACGUUGGGAAUGGACUAGGAGUUUUGUACGGUAAGAUCAGAUCGAAGAAGUUACUAAUACAUUGAAUUUAAAAAAAUCUAAGAAAGAUAUUAUUUAUAUUUAGUCAGUUUUCCCUUAUAUUUAAAGGGAAAAUCUGGUAUCUUAAUUACAGCAAAUAUAAUUAUAUAAAAUGUAUAUUAUUAAUAAUUGUUUUUUUAAAUAUUAAUGGAUGGAUUUCAUAUUCUAUAUAUUUUGUUUUAUAGAUACAUUCUAAGCCAGAGGUGUAACUAUAAAACACCAGACUCUGGUGUGAAAAUUGCCAUUCCCUCCUCCCCCGUUCAAAUUAGUUUUUUGCAUUUUCAAAUAUUAACACUAACUUUGGCCAGUGUUUGUGACCAAGUGGCUACUAAAAAUACUGGACAUUUGCAAUACCUUGGGUUGUCUACUUUUGCAAAUGGUAUGCCAUCAUGGGGGUAAUUCUUAUUCCUGGGCUACCAUACAGUCUCAAAGGCAACGUAACCAAUCUGGCGAAUUUCAAUGUGAAAAAACUGAAAAAUGUAACAUGCUAUAUUUGACCCUGUAACUUCCCAAAACACCAUAAAACCUGUACAUAGGGGGUACUGUUUUAUACGUGAGACAUCGCUGAAUACAAAUAUGUGUAUUUUAUUGCAGUAAAAGCAAACAGUAUUAUGACAUUCACAGUUAGAAUAUCAAGUAGAACUACAAUAAAUGUAAAAACUCUUAUUUUCUCCCAUUUUUUUACAUUUUAUUCAUAUUAAGUUAUGUUUCAUACCUAAAUAUUUGAUGUUAAAUGAAAGCCCUGUUUCCCCUGAAUAAAAUGAUAUAUAAUAAGUGUGUGUGCACAUAAUAUAAAAGAGGUGAAUUACGCCUGAACAGACCUAUAGCGCAAAUUCCAGUUUUUGUUUACGUUUUGUUUUGAUCACAAUGUGUACAUUUGCCUCAGUCCUUAAGGGGUUAAAAAGUAAUCAAAAAAGCACUUUUCAUAUUAUCAAUAAUAUUAAUAUUGUAACGGAUUAAGUGAUAAAUAAUAAGCAAGUUUUUAUCACAUAACCGACUAACAAUCCUUUGUUACAGAUCAACAUUUUAGCCAGACUACAAUUUCCAAGUUUGAGGAUGUCAAACUGACCCUUACCAAUAUGCGGAAACUGAAACCAGUUCUGAAGAGAUUUUACGAUGAAGUUGAAACAAAUGCAGCUAGUCGAGAAGUAAGUAAAACAAAUUCUAAUUUUGAGAGCAUGUACAGGGACUUAUACUCUCAAGAUUUAUUUACAUCAAGUUGAUCAUAAAUUCCACAAUUAUCAGCAGUGAAAUUAAUUGUCCCAAGAUAACUAUAACCACAUAUCUCCCAACAUUGGGAAGUAGGUAGAUGGCCACCAGGGUCAUUGUCAGUGACUUGUGUCACUGGCGAUGCCCACAAUGGGUGAACCUCAGGCUAGUGGCUUCCACACACUCUGUAUGAUCCUAGUGGCUUCCACACAGCUGAAGAACAUCUAACAAUGCGUUCUCUCUGUGCUACACAGGGACAGUCCCCUCUUCACAACUGCACUCUAAACACUAGUAAAUAAAAACAAUUUUGUAUCACAAACUAUAAUUGGAUCAGAUCAUUUUCAAGGAAUCUUGGCCUUUGUGGCUGCUGUAUUUCAAACAUUGUCAACAGGGAACAAAUUCAGGACACUUGGACAGGACCCCAAAGGAAGGACAAUCUAACCAAAAUCGGGACAUUUGGGAGGCCUGCAACCCUACAGUUUUUGGAUUCAGGAUGAGUUCUCUGUUUAAGCCAUGAGAAUUUCAUUGUUCAGUCUACGUGCUGUAGGCUUCAGCUCUAUGUAAUGCUGUAGAGAUCAGUGUUUAGCUUGAAGAGAGACAUUGAGUUCAGAGUUAUAGCGAUAUAACCAUGAUUUCUUAACCACUAUUAUUAUUAAUAGCCUAUUAUCAUCAUCACUUAGGCUGUGUAUGGCAUGUCAAUGAGAAGCAUAUCUUAAUUUUGCAAAGUAGGAAAUGAACAUAUGGCUAGUGAUUUUAAUAAAUCACUGCUGAUAUAGUAGAUAUGAUAAAAGGAGGUAAUGAGCCCUCUGCUGUGUAAUCAAUGCACGGUGUGCAGGUAGCUAUGGUGCUUGGGGCACUGUUGUGUUAGUGCCCCUUUAACUCUGGGAAAUAUGCUCAUUACAAAUUGUGGAAUUUAUUUCUUUUAAAACUUUUUAAUCUAUUAGUUUGGAAAAAAAAAUAAUUCUGUGAUUAACAUGUCAUUAUUUGCAUUUUGUUUUGCAACCCACUAGAUUGUUGACAGAGGGGAAAAACCGAACAACUCUGUAAAAAGAAAAAAACGUACGUUCAUUGAUGAGAAAACAAAGCAAAAGUUAGAAGAGAAUUAUAAGUGGUUCCCUCAUCCCAAUAAAGUGGAAAUCGAAAGCAUUUCAACAGAAACCCAACUAACAUGUGAUGUAAGUAUUAACGAUAAGAAGAUUUCGAUCAACUACUAUGACAUGACAAUUUACAGUAAUUCACUAAAGUGAGAAUUCAGAGUGAAUUCAAAAUAAACUUCAGAUUUAAAGGGACACUAUAGUCACCAGAACCACUACAGCAUAAAGUGGUUAUGGUGUCUAUAGCCUGUGCCUUUAGGCCUUUUAAUGUAAAGACUGCCUUUACAGGUAUACAAUACACACAAGCACUGCAUCUACUACACACAUUAUGUUCACUACACAAACACACACUCUGAAUCCACUACACAAACACAGACACUGCAUCAACUGCACACACUGCAUAUCAUAAUGGAUGUGGGCAUGUUUUGAUGGGCAUGGCUGUGUGGAGGGGAUCCAUGGAUCUAGGCAGCACAAUGUGUAUACCGGCCUUGACUUAACUGUUAUAGUAACAGUGGCAGAUCCGUGGAGGGGGCCCCCCACCCCUCCCCCGAGAGAUGAUGCUCUACCUAUCCAAGCGCCUCUCCCUGGCAAAGGUAAGAUGGGAGGGGGAUCUAAAUAUUUUUUAUUUUAAUUUAAAAACAAACACAUAUAUAUGUUGUUUUCCUAAUCUACCCCCUCACACACAAUAACUUUCACAUUCACACACUGCCCUCCCCCACAUAUUGUGCAACCCGCACACUGUACCCCUUUUACAUACAGUAGCCCAUGCACACACACUGUACCACCUCACACACACACACACUGUACCCCCCACACACACUGUACCCCCCACACACACUAUAUCCCAAACAUACUGUACCCCUCACACACAUACACUGAACCCCUCACACAAACUAUAUACCUCACACACACUGCACCCCUCACAAACACUGCACCCCUAACUUACACAAACUGCACCCCUCACACACACACUGCAUUCCUCAGACACACACAAACUGCACCCCUCACACACACAAACUGUAUUCCCCCCACGCACACACACUGUACCCCACACACACACACUGUACCCCACACACACACUGUAACCCCCCACACACACUGUACCCCACACACACACACUAUAUCCCACAUAUACUGUACCCCUCACACACACACUGAACCCCUAACACAAACUAUAUACCUCACACACACUGCACCCUUCACAAACACUGCACCCCUAACUUACACAAACUGCGCCCCUCACACACACAUUGCAUUCCUCAGACACACACAAACUGCACCCCUCACACACACACACAAACUGUAUCCCUCCACACACGCACACUGCACCACUCACACACACACUGUAUCCCUCACACACACACUGUAUCCCUCACACACUCUGCACCCCACACACAUUGCACUCCUCACACACAAAGACUUCACUCCUCACACACACUGCACCACACACACACACACAGACACUACUGCCCCUAUCCCACUCCAGGUAAGUUGUCAAACUGUUCUAAAACAGUUUGACUACUUAUUCUGGGAGGGCACCCCGGCACUCCGUGCACCAUACCACUACAUAGAGCUUUAGUGGUUAUUGUGCCUGGAUUGUUCCGUUAAAUAAUCUAUCAGUGCCCAUCGUGAGAUUAGGUUCUGGACCUGCCACUGUAUAGUAAUUGUCUUGUGGCAGUCACUUUAACAAUGUGUUCUAGAGAUUUGAAUACCAGCACGCACUAUUUGGGUAAAUGAAGACUCUAGAAUUAAGGCCAGUUGGACAUGUUUCCAAUGAGGCCAUUUAAACCAUAGUUUUGUAAGUUUUUUUUUUCCAGUUUAAUGCAUAAUCCCAAAUGUUUAAUUAGGAUGAGAGGCAAUUUUUCUCGCUGGUACAAAAGUGAAUAUUUUCGUGUAUUAAUUACACAUAUUAUAUAUUUCCCAAAUGUUUUGCUCUGCAUAAAUCAGACUUGGUACUUGUGAAUUAUGUCUCUUUAAAUGUAAAUAAUUUGCUAAUAAUUUGAACACAUGGUAUAUAAUAAUUAGAAUCCUUCUCAUAAGAUAAAUUCCUUUAUUGACCACCCAUUACUUUCUUUAUCAAUAGGUUGUUAAUACAUGGUUCUGUAACCGGCGUCAGAAGGAAAAGAAGGAACUGAACAAAUGCCUGAAAGAGGAAGCCGUAGCAUCUGGUAAUUUUGCUCAACCCAGUUCAGCUCCUAACACAGGAACCUGUGCCAUGCCACCAGUGGCAGUACCACAACCCUGCCUAAUUGACAUGACUGGAUCAAAUCGUACAUCUUAUAUGGCAAUAAAUGACCAAAACGAACAAUUUAUCCAACAUGCCAUGCAAAGUAUGCCUCCUGGAAACUAUACUCAGUAA